AUGAAGUUCCUGACCACCAAUUUCCUGAAAUGUUCCGUGAAGGCCUGCGACAGCAGCAAUGACAAUUUCCCGCUGCAAUACGAUGGCGAAAAAUGUACUCUGCAGCAGAACAACGACAUCGAAUUCAAUGCUGAGUUUUUGACAAAUAUACUCGACAGAGUCGACUGGGAUGCAAUACUCACAGUCGCGGCCAAUCUAGGAAACGAUUCGCUGCCCCGCGAGAAGCCCGUGCUGGGGACCAGCGGAGAUCUGAGCGAGGACGAUCUUGCCGUGCUCAGGGACCUGCAUACGCUGCUGAUCUGCACUUCGAUCGUCGAGGGCCAGAUGCAAUGCAAAAACUGCGGACACAUCUACUAUAUCAAGAAUGGUAUCCCGAAUCUGCUCCUGCCACCGCACCUGGCGUGA